AUGUCCAGGAGAUCAAUUUUAGAGGCGUACUUUGGGAAACUUCUAGAGGUUCUCGAGAAGUACAACCUGCGUGAUUGUCCUGCCCAGAUAUACAACGUCGAUGAAACAGGAAUCACGAGAGAUCGAUAUCACAAGCCACCGAAAUCUCUGGGGCCGAGCCAAGGAGCAUUCAAUGCUGUCUCGUGUGGACGGGGUCCAAUACACACCAUCAUAGCCUGUGGGAAUGCCAUGGGAAAUCGGCUCACGCCAUACAUCAUCUUCAAGGGGGCAAGGGUUCGACAAGAGUGGACGGAGGGGACUUUGUCAGGGACAGGUUAUAAUGCCACAAAGACCGGCUGGAGCAACAGUGCUACCUUUCUCCAAUGGUUCAAGGGUCACUUCCUACCACAAGUUGGGUCAGUUAGGCCGCUGCUACUGCUGUAUGAUGGCCAUUCUACCCACAUCAGCGUGCAGAUAAUUGAAGAGGCCCGGUUGGAAGGAGUGCACUUAUUCGUCAUACCUCCACACACGUCCCACAUCCUACAACCCCUUGACGUGGGCUGCUUUGCUCCUUUUAAGGCCACCUACAACAGAGCAGUUCACAAUUGGCUCCACAAGUACAAGAACACAGGUCGCAUUCUGGUCGAAGAAGACAUCGCCUCGCUGGCAUGCAAAGCUUACAUGAUGGGAAUUAGCAGUGACAGUUUAGUAUCAUCCUUCAGAUGCACUGGAAUUUGCCCAUUCAACCCUGACGUCGUGCUAAGCAAGCUCCCUGAGCAACCGGAGAGGGGCAGUUCUUCCAUCGAUGGUCUAUUCGCCCCUAUCGAGAAGUUCCCAUCAACUCCAGAAGUGUUCGCCAGGCGACCAAAAGCAAUCAGAAGUGCCCGAAUGCUGACGGAGGAAGACGAAUACCUCAAGGUUAAAAGUAAACAAGGAGGCCGCAAAUCGAAGGAGCCGACUCCGCAAGCAGCAGACCUAGCACUAGCAGCAGACCUCUUGGCACCAGCAGCAGACCACUUGGCACCAGCAGCAGACCACUUGGCAGCAUCGUACGACGAGUCACCACCGAUGUCCCCCAUGCCUCCGCCAUUGUCGCCGCUAAUCACACCGUCAAUGCCCAUACCGACUAUAGCGUCAUCCGCCACGGAAGCACCCAAGUCCCCGCCGCUGCGGGCCACGUGCACGGUGUCACUGCUGCAGUCGCAAGAGCCAUCUACCAGCAGAUGCUGCCGGAAGGCUUCUUCUCCCGACCCAUCAUCAGAUGAUGUGAGCGAUGAGGACGACAACUGUGUUGUUUGCAACAGAAGAUGGCCGAAAAAUGUCAAGAAAACUGGAGGUCCAAAGAUAAUACUUUGGGCCCGAUGCGACAAGUGCUACAGCUGGGUUCACCUGAAGUACUGUUGCAACAGAGUGACGGAACCAACGAUCGAAGAAGAAUUUCUGUGUCCAAUUUGCAGCGUUGGAACGAGGAAAAGGGAACUAUAA